CACUAUGGCGAAAGCUUUUGGAAUCGAGUGGGCACCGCUUAAAAUACCUGUAAAAAGACGUCGACAAACUUUUCUUGUUUGGAUUGUUGGCUCGACAUUUAUGUUUGGUCAUAUAUUUUGUGUACUAGUUUGUCUUUUCCUAUUGUACAUUAAUCUCUUCACGAGGAUAUUUUUGCUGUUGUAUCUAGCUUGGAUUUACAUGAUUGACAAGGAUACACCUCACAGAGGGGGGCGAUAUUUUCCCGCUAUGAGGCGGUUAAAAGUAUGGAAUUAUUGCGCCGAAUACUUUCCAUUACGUUUAAUAAAAACGCAUGAGCUAGAUGAAUCAAAGAAUUACCUCUUUGGCUGCCAUCCUCAUGGCGUUAUGGCUGUUGGAUCAACGGGGAAUUUCGCCUCGGAAGCAACUGGAUUUUCAAAACAUUUUCCGGGUCUUACUGUGCAUCUAAUAACCCUGAACAUCCAGUUUAAGAUUCCAUUUCUUCGUGAAUUUUUGUUGGCCAUGGGUAUAUGUCCAGCAUCAAGAGAAAGUUUGAAACACAUAUUGACAAAAAUGGGCCCUGGUCAUUCAUGUGUUGUGUUGGUUGGUGGUGCUUCUGAAGCACUGGAGGCCAGACCAGGGAACUAUACGUUGGUACUAAAGAAUAGGAAAGGUUUUGUAAAAAUUGCUCUAAAGACAGGUGCAUCACUAGUGCCUGUAUUUUGCUUUGGUGAAAAUGACUUAUUCAAGCAAUAUCCCAAUCCAGAAGGCUCAUACCUUAGGAAGAUUCAGACUAAAGUGAAGGACAUUGCAACAUUCUCUCCACCACUCUUCUAUGGCCGAGGGAUAUUUCAAUACACAUUCGGUUUGGUCCCAUUUCGCAAACCAGUCCAUACCAUAGUUGGUAGACCAAUUCAUAUUGUGGCAAACACUGAUCCAAGCAUUGAAGACAUUGAAAAUCUUCACCAACGCUACCUUGAAGGUCUUAAAGAAAUCUUUGAAGAGUAUAAAGAAAAGUUUGGCAUUGACAAAGACAAACAUUUAGAGUUUAUAUGACCAAAAUAUAAACGACUGCAAAUUGUGUAUGAUUACAUUUAAAAUGUUAGCAUGAUAUAUAGAUGUAUUGAAAUCGUUGA